UUUCCUUACUUUCGAAGAAUAAAAUUCACACAAGAAUCUAUAAUAUUUUCUCAAUUUCAUUUUAUAUGGCAUUAUUUUUUUCUUUAAAUUAUUUUUUUUUAAAAAUAAUUUAUUUUAAUUUAAAAUAAUUUAAUUUUCAAAUUUAUUUUUUUUAAAUAAUUUACAAUUAUAUAAACAUGUAAAAUUAAUUUAGAUCAUAAUUUUUUUUUCUAAUUAUCAUAUCAAGUUAAAUGGUGUUAUUUAAAAUGGGUGGAAGGUCGUAAGAAUUCCACACACACACAACAAAUAGGGGGAUAGUAAAAGAAAAUUAUUUUUGAAACUUAAAUAAUACUAUAGUAGUGGUAGUAGUACAACACUAGCUGGAAUAGAAAAACAAAAAGAAAUGCCAACGGAAUUCGAUCUUCCCGAGGAAGUACAGCAAGUACUGCCGUCAGAUCCAUUCGAGCAGCUGGAUUUAGCGCGUAAGAUCACUUCCAUUGCCCUAUCCACGCGUAUCUCUGCCUUGGAAUCUGAAGCCGCCUCCCUCCGCCGCCUUCUGUCGGAGAGAGAUGACAUCAUCUCCGACCUCAACUCCCAGCUUGACUCCCUCGACUCCUCCUUAUCCGAUGCCUCCGAUAGGAUUUCCCGCGCUGAGCAAGAAAAGGAGAGUUUGGUGAAAGAGAAUGCGACGCUGUCCAAUACUGUGAAGAAGCUUAAUCGUGAUGUUGCUAAGGUAUCUGGAUUCGUCGAAAAAUUAUAUUGUAUAUAUAGAAAAUAACUAUGUGUAUAGAUA